GUAUCUGAGUUCUUGAUUCCCUGUGUUUUGUAAAUAUUUUGACUGUGUCAAGAUGUGCAUUAACGUUUACUUUAGCUAUGUAUUUAAUUCUAACCGCAUGUAUGAAUCAUUUGUAAACGAAUAUUAAAGUGGAGAUGUUUUCUGUACAUACUAACAAGCGAGAAAGAAAAAGAAGAAAAUUGUCUAUGUAAAUAGGCUUAGUUAAGUUGGGAAUAAAUCUCAAAUUCAGUGUUCCAUAAAUGUGAUUGUUAUUCUUCCCACACGGAGUGUGAGUAUAUUACAUGUAAUUUUUUAAGAAAAGUACUUUUUUCAGAAUAUAAUGGAUAUCAACUAUUUGAACGAAUCUUCUCUUCCUCCGCCUCCAGGAGUCGAUCUUGACGACCAACGCCGUUAUCAGAAUUUCGAUAAUCGAACGCGGAACUCAUCAAGGGACUAUGAUAGAGAUCGACCUCGUCAUGAUCGAAACCGAGAUUCAAGGCAUGAUCGUGAGAGUUAUGGCAGAUCUGGAUCGUUUGCCGACGAUCAUCGAGGCUAUCAUGAAGGUUCGGGAUAUCGGGAUUCCAAAGAAACGGGGGAUUCUUUCCACGGCAGGAACAAAGAUUAUGAGAGUAGAUAUAACAGACGAAGUUAUAGAGACAGAAGUCGUGACCGUGAGAGGGAACGUCCAAAAGACCGUUCAAGAGAUCGUGACAGAGAUCGAGACCGAGAUCGAGAUAGGGACAGAGACUGGGAGAGAGAAAAACAUAGGGAACGCGAUUUCAGGGAUGAAAUUCCGCAUAGUACUAUAAUGGUUAAAGGAAUGGCUCCUCAUGUUACAGAAGAUGACGUCCGAAAUGAAAUAAGUCGUUACUCGUUGUAUCCGAAAGAUGUUAUUGUAAUGAGAAGGAAAAACACGGGUGAGUCGAGAGGAAUUGCGUAUGUAGAGUUUAGAAUGUUAUCUGAUGCAGUCAGAUGGAAAGAGCUUACUCAGGGUGUUUUAUAUUUUGGGCAAGCACGAGCAACUCUUCAUUAUUUUGUACCUAAAGAUGCACCUGGUCCAGAUCGUUUAUUAAAUAAAGUAGAUUGGACGUGCAUAAAUUGUGGACUAAAUAAUUUUCGUAAACGAAAUUUCUGUUUUAAGUGUAACACUCCUCGAGAAGAAGCAGAGUUGAACAAUAUUGGUGGUGAAGGACAUGAAGAAGUGAGCCUUUCUGCAUCAAGCACAUUACUUUUCAGAAAUCUGGACAUUCUCACCACUGAAGAAAGAGUUCUAUCUAUGCUUGGACAGAUAACAGUUUUGCCAAUAAAAAAUCUAAAAGUUGCUAAGGAUUCUCUAACAAAUACUUCUCGAGGUUUUGCAUAUGUGGAACUUCAUUCCAUUUCUGAAGCUAUGCAAUUACAUGAUUUAUUGGUAUCCAUGGCGGGAAACUUUUUUGUAGAUGGACGACGAGUCACAGUUUCAUAUUCUCGGCGUUCACUGAGUUCUAUGAACAGUGUAGGUAGUGCAAAUGUAGCCAGUGCGGCCCAGGCUGCUGCUCAAUGGACAAACCAAGAUGCAGUAUACGGAGUUAACAAAAAUAUGUUUUCGGAUUCAGUCAUUCGUGAGAGGCAAAUGGAAUCUGGUCAGGAUCCAAAUGCAGGAAAUACAGAUGACUAUCAGAAAUAUUCUACACCUGAUGUACAAUCAUAUGUGUAUGAUGAAACCUCUGGAUAUUAUUAUGAUUCUAGUACUGGUUUCUAUUAUGAUCCCAAUUCUCAAUACUAUUAUAAUUCAAUAACACGGCAAUAUUUAUAUUGGGAUGCUGAAAAGCAAACAUAUAUGUCAGUGCCAGCAUCUGACAGUAGUACUGCUACAACUUCAGCAGUAAUUGAAGCUCCUGCUACUAAAGUAGAGCCUACAACUGAUGUUAUAAUUUCAAGUCCACCUGUCAUAGCUCAUGCACCUGUGCUUACAAUAAAAAAAGACACAGAUCAAGAGAAGCCAAAAGAAAAGGCAAAUUCUCAGGAUAAAGUUAAGAUAGCUAAAAAAGUUGCCAAAGAUAUGGAAAAAUGGGCUAAAACCUUAAACCAAAAGAAAGAAAAUGCUAAGACUGCAAAUGUAAGCCAUGUUUUUAACCAACCUGUUUCUGAAACAGCUCUUGCAGCAGCUGCCGAUCCUAUUUAUAGUAGCAUAGACAGGAAGAAAUUGGAUGAAACUGUUGUUGAAACAUCAAAAACUGUAGCAAAGAGUUCAGAAAAUGGAAAAUUUUUAUUUUCAGCUUCUUCAAGUAAAGAAAAAUCUUCCACUGGCUUGGUAGCUGCAUAUGGAGGUGAAAGUGAUUCAGAAGCAGAAGUGGAUUUACAAGAUGAAGGUACAAAGGCCUUAGAUUUAUUAAAACAUGAAGAGUCAAAACUUAUUGACUGGACCAAAUUAGCUUGCCUUCUGUGUAAAAGACAGUUUCCUUCUAAAGAAGUUCUUACAAAACAUAUACAGCUAUCUGAUUUGCACAAACAAAAUGUUGACAUGUUAAAAUUAACAAAAUUGUCUCCAAGACAGUUGCAGGAAUUAGAAAAGAAAGAGAUAGGUUAUAGAGAUCGGGCCAAAGAAAGGCGAGAAAAAUUUGGCCAACCAGAUGUUCCACCUCCUAGCCGACUAAAAACAAAGUAUUUGAAAGAACGAAAAGAAGCAUUUGUUCCAGUAGAAGAACCACCUGAAGCCCUUGGUAGUGAUAACAUUGGCAAUAAAAUGCUCAAAGCUAUGGGAUGGACAGAAGGCCAAGGCCUAGGUAAAUCAGGACAAGGUAUGUCAGGUAUCAUUGAAGUGCAGAGACGGGUGAAAUCUGCAGGUCUUGGAAUGAAAGGUGCAUCAUUUGGAGCAAGUGCCAGUGACUCGUACAAAGAUGCAGUUCGGAAAGCUAUGCAAGCAAGAUAUAAUGAAAUUGCAUGAUGAUUGGUAUAUAAUCAUGACUAAAGUGUUCCAUUUUACAGAAUCUUUUUUCAUGAACAAAAUUUUUUGAAGGAAAAGUGGUCUGUUUCAUUGAAUUAUUUCGUGCAUAUGUGUUCAAAUAAUUAUAUUUUAAGAUAGUGUUUUCUAUUUUAAACUUAAUGCUUGUUACCCAAAAAUAUAAAUCACAGAAUAUUAUUUUUUUGAAAUUUAUCACAUUUAAAGCAAUUAUGAAAAAUAGUCUUUGCUGAUGAUUGUGUUAAUGUUUAGAAGAGCAUUUAACAAAUAUUUAUUUUGAAACCUUAUUCAUAUUUUUAAAGAUAUUGAUUGGAAUUGUAUUAAAGCCUUUUUGCUCUAAGAAGCAUUUAGUUGCAAUAAUUCUGACUUAUACCAAAAUCACUGUACAUAUUCUUACUCAUAAUAAUAAAAAACUUAUGCUGUACUACUGAAAAUUAUGUCUUGAAUUAAUAUUUCAUGAAAGCAUCUUAAAGGAUAUUUUUCUUUAGUGGCAGUUUUAAAUUUUUGUGUGUGACAUUUGAAAAGUAACUGAAGAGAGUGUUGAAGUUUUAAAAUGCUUGUUUCAUAAUAAAUUGUGUUAAGUGACGUAUUAUUUUGUUGUCUUCUGUAUGUUUUUCUUCAUAAAAACUUCUAAACGUUAUACAGUGAAAAUUGUUUAACAUGAAACUGAGGGGACUGAAAUAUUUUUUUUGUGUUAAAGGAUAUUGGGAAAAUAUAUAUAUAUAUUCAACAAAAUUAAGUUUAUUAGAAUACAUUGUAUUUACAUACAUGCAUGUAUUUAAUCAAAAAAUCAAUGAAGCAAAAACAUCCACAAGAACUUAAUUUAAUACAAAAUUUUCAAGUUUUUUGGAAAACAAAACAUUUAUUGAGUUUUUGGAAAAAGAUCUGAUAUUUUUCUUUGCAUUGUCUUUUUUAGCAAAAAAUUUCAACAAAUUUUUCGAUGUCCAUUUUGUUAUUCAUUUCACCACUGGAAUGUGCGUGCAAAUAACUGCUCAUACUUUUCAUGAUGUUCCUCACUUUGGAUGACAUGGAAACAGGAGCUGCAUUAUUCAUUUCAUUUUCAUGGUUGGAAUCUGCAUCGAUAUUUUUUUAGCUGUGAGCAAAUUCCAAAAUGGCUUUGUCUGACAUAAUUGGUGCUGUACACAUAUUAUCGUCAUGUAAUGCAACUAAUUCUUCCUUUGAUACAGUAGCACAGUCUAAUAAUACAGAAACUUUCUCAAACGGUUCAAGAUCCUCCUUCUCCAUUUCUUCCAAAGCCACCUGAUAAGAUGUUUUUGUGUGGCGGCGUUUGUAGGGGUGGAGGUUGAAAGUAGCUUAGAUAAACAAAAUUAGCUCUUGUCAUAGGCUGUUUCGAGGGUAUUUCAAAGCCGAGUUAGCCAGCCUUUUUUCUACGUAAUAUGUGAAGUCAUCUCUCUUUUAUUUCACACCUCUCUUAAAUCUCACCUGCACGGCUGAUGUGUUCCGUAUUUUGUUCAUUCCCAGAAGGGAAAUAUUUUCGCGUUAAGCCGUUUCGUUUCGUGUUAAAAGAAACAAAAUACACGAAAAUAUAUAGUAUGUCGGGUCCGUUGUAUUAUUUCGUCUUAACCAAUAUUUUGUCCUAAGCGUUUUGUGUUAAACGUAUUUCACUGUAUUUUUAUUUAUUAUGUGAUAAAAUGAUAUAAUAAAUUAAACAGCAGUGUUUCAAAAUAUUCUUGAUUGUACCUGUAGGACUUGUUUCAUUAGGUAUGUUUUACAUAAAAAUUAAACAUUGCAUAAUUAGUUCUGAUGUAAAUUUAUUUGAUUUAACACUUUUUUGUGAGAAUAUAUCAUAUUUUGCAGAGAAAAAGCAUACAAACAAAAAUUUUUCUUCUGCAAUGUUAUUUUAUGUAAGUAUUAAAUAAUGUUGAUUAUUAUUUAAAGGGAAUACGUUAUAAAGUAAAAGUGUUUUCUUUGAGAUUGAAUUGUAAGUAUAAUGUUAAAAUGAUAAUAAGAAUAAUCAAAUAAUUCUGAUAUGGAUUCUAAAAUACAAUAAGAAUGCAGUAAACUAAAUUUCUACGUGCAAUUUACUGGAUUCUCAACAUAGUUUAUUUUGUUUAAUAGAAAAGUAAUUUUUUUAAAAAAGUAUUUGUUAAAGUAAUUUUUUUCCUUUCUUUGAAAGUACCAAAGCUUUUUGUACUUUAUGAUCAAAUUUUUGGUUCAAAAUUAAAAAGAACUUUGUAUAGAGAAGGCAACUAAAAUAUUUGCAGGUUGGUAGUUGUCUUUGUAAGUGCACCAAUAAUUUAUAAGGAACUAAUGUUUGUGUAUGAAAAGCUUCAAAUAUAGUUUAUCUGUGUAUUGUUAGUUGUAAUAAUGGGGAUUAAAAACUGUAUACUAACAGAAAUAAUUAAACUGCCUUAUUUAAAGGGAGGGGAAUCAAGUUUAAGAAAGCAAUGAUAUAUAAAGUUUGGUUAUUUUCUCGAAGGGCUUGGAGACAUAAUAAAUUAUUAUAUAUAUA